UGGUUCUGAAGUCUGGAAUUAAAAUUUUUGAUUUCGAUAUUCCUUUGCUUUGUGUGGAAUUUUGUAGGAAAAUUCUGGUUUUCUUCUGUGAAAUUGCGAUUUUCUAUUCAUUUUCAGCUUAUUUAUUUGCAUUUUGUGUAUCAAGUCAUGCCAGAAGCAAUGACGGAUUUAAACGGUGAAAUCGUAAUUGAGCCAAAAGUUCCCAAGUUAUUAAAACAAAAUUUAGAUACGUUGGACCCUAAAGUAUUGACACCUUUGACACCCGAAGUUAUCAGCAGACAAGCUACAAUAAAUAUAGGAACAAUAGGACAUGUCGCACACGGAAAAUCCACAGUUGUGAAAGCGAUAUCUGGAGUUCAUACUGUCAGAUUCAAGAAUGAAUUGGAAAGAAAUAUUACAAUCAAACUGGGAUAUGCAAAUGCAAAAAUUUAUAAAACAGAGGGACCACGGCCAGAAUGUUAUUGUGCAUGCAGUAGCAACAAAGAAGAUGAAUUUCCCUGUAAUAUACCUGGAUGUACAGGACCUUUCAAAUUAGUUCGUCAUGUUUCGUUCGUGGAUUGUCCCGGUCACGAUAUUCUUAUGGCAACCAUGUUGAAUGGAGCUGCUGUUAUGGAUGCUGCACUUUUAUUAAUUGCUGGAAAUGAAUCUUGUCCUCAACCACAAACUUCAGAACAUCUUGCUGCAAUCGAAAUUAUGAAACUGAAGCACAUAAUUAUAUUACAAAAUAAAAUUGAUUUGGUCAAAGAAAGUCAAGCGAGAGAGCAAUAUCAACAAAUUGAAAAAUUUGUUCAAGGUACAGUAGCAGAAGGUGCUCCAAUUAUUCCUAUCUCGGCACAACUCAAAUAUAACAUAGAAGUUGUUUGUGAAUAUAUUGUGAAAAAGAUUCCUAUUCCUGUCAGAGACUUCACAUCACAACCAAGGUUGAUUGUUAUUCGAUCUUUUGAUGUAAAUAAACCUGGUUGCGAAGUAAUAGAUUUGAAAGGUGGUGUUGCUGGUGGAAGUAUAUUGAAAGGUGUUUUGAAGGUUGGUCAAGAAAUAGAAAUUCGACCUGGAAUCGUAUCAAAAGAUUCUGAAGGAAAACUUGAAGUUCGUCCUAUAUUUUCGAAAGUUAUGUCAUUAUUUGCAGAACACAAUGACUUGCAAUAUGCUGUUCCUGGUGGUUUGAUUGGUGUUGGAACAAGAGUGGAUCCAACUCUCUGCAGGGCUGAUAGAAUGGUGGGUCAUGUACUUGGAGCUGUUGGUUCAUUGCCUGAUAUAUUUACUGAAAUCGAAAUCUCGUAUUUCUUACUUCGGCGCUUACUAGGAGUCAAAACUGAAGGAGACAAAAAAGGAGCAAGAGUUCAAAAACUUGCAAAAAAUGAGGUUUUGAUGGUAAAUAUAGGUUCUCUUUCAACUGGAGGCAGGGUAUUGGCUAUCAGGGCUGAUUUAGCUAAAGUAAUGUUGACUGGUCCAGUAUGUACAGACGUUGGUGAAAAAAUUGCCCUCAGUCGACGGGUUGAUAAACAUUGGAGAUUGAUUGGUUGGGGUCAGAUAAGAAGAGGCACGAGGGUUAAUCCGAAAGAGCAGAACGAAGAAUGAAACGAACCAUUUUGAACGAAAUACAUUCAAAUCUAUCAUUAUUUUAAAUAGAACUUGUCAGUCAUGGAGCUUGUGACAGAUGACUGGAAAUACAAUAUUGUAAAGUGUGAUAUUGACCGGCUUCGUUUAUUUGUGAAACGUCUCUUUGAGCCUAUAAUUGAUUGUUGCUUAUUAUUCUACUAGUCUAAUAUAAAAUUAAUAUUAUGUAGCACCAUGCGAGCAGGUCCAUUACAUGACAAGGUGGUCAGUUGUCUUAUUGGCUCCUGUGGUAAAUAGGAGAAGUCGUAACUUAUUUGGGUUGGUUUAUCGAAAUUCGAUGGUGUUUUGAUAACUGAUACACAUUUUGCUUCCAUCGAGGCUGUACAGAGUAUUACUAAGUAAUUGGUAGUUAUUCAAUUCUCUUUGGUUCAAAGUAGCCUGUUUAAUUCGUAUCAUCCUAGUAGGUGUUACAGACCAUGGUAAACCAUAACAGGAGGGAAACCAUAUCUUGGAUCACCAACAUGCUAUACACUGAAAAGCCCAUUUAGAAUGAAAUUUGGAAUGGGAAUUGUGUUAACUCAAAUACUGCACAAUCUUGAUUUUUGUGUGGAUACAGUUUCCAUUUAUUCAUGUAAUGGUGAUAAUAUUUGAUUGGUCGACAUCUUCUUUGACAGUACUCUUAUCACUUUUGACAGCAUAUUGAUGAAUUUACGGUUUAUUAUUAGACUGUUCCUUACUUGGUGACAUAAUUUUAUUGCAAAUGGUGGAUGCAGUGCUUUUCCUCUAAUCAUUUAUCUUGCAUUUAAAAUACCUGAAUCUAUUGGGAUUUGAAAAUCAUAUUUGACGUUUUGCAUA